AUGAAGAGCUUGUUUUUUAACACCAAUGGAUUCCUCAAAUGGAACAAAAUGUUCUUCCUAUCACUCAUACUUGUCUUGAUCAAUUCCACAAUGAACAAAAGUCGCCUUUCCUCCAAACAAACCUGUGCCACCCCAACUUCAUCAUCUCCUCAUUAUCUAUCUUCCUCAAUCACUCACUCUUCUCUAACAUCCUUAAAACUCGAUGGAAACAUCAGUUUCGAAAACAUAGAACACGCGGCGCGGGAUUUCGGCCUUAGGUAUCAUUCCCUCCCUUUAGCCGUGGUGCAUCCGAGGUCAGUUUCCGACAUCUCCACAAUCAUCAAACUCGUUAAUGGGAUGGGAACUUCGUCGGAAAUCACAGUCGCCGCAAAGGGUCGCGGCCACUCCCUGGCCGGCCAAGCGCAAGCCAGGGGAGGCUUGAUCAUAAACAUGGAAUCACUUCAAUAUUUCAAAGAGAAAAUGCAUUUUCGGACGGGAAAAUUCCCGUUUGUCGAUGUUUCCGGCGGCGAAAUAUGGAUUAACAUCCUGCAUGAGAGCCUUAAACAUGGGCUUACGCCGAAAUCUUGGACGGAUUAUCUCCAUCUCACGGUCGGGGGAACCUUGUCGAAUGCCGGCGUCAGCGGACAAGCUUUCCGGCAUGGACCACAGAUUAAUAAUGUGUAUCAACUAGAAGUUGUCACGGGUAAAGGAGAGGUAAUUCAGUGCUCUGAUGAGCAGAAUUCUGACCUGUUCAGUGGAGUACUUGGUGGUUUAGGACAAUUUGGUAUCAUCACUAGAGCAAGAAUUGCCCUUGAGCCAGCUCCUAAAAUGGUAAAAUGGAUAAGAGCUCUGUACUCAGAUUUCUCCACAUUUUCCAAGGAUCAGGAGUUCCUAAUCUCUUCUCCAAAAACUUUUGACUAUAUAGAAGGGUUUGUGAUCAUAAACAGAACCAACUUAGUAAGCAGCUGGAGUACAUCCUUUGAUCCCAAAGACCCUGUUGGAGCAAGCAAAUUCAAAUCUGAUGGAAGGGUUUUAUUCUGCUUGGAAGUUGCAAAAUACUUCACUCCAGAAAACAAAAAUGGCAUUAGCGAGGUAGUAACGACAGAAUGUCGAUUCGCUCUUGGCGACAUUGAACUACAUUCCCUCGACACUCUUCUCGUCAGAGGUGUCAUAUGUUAA